AUGGCAUACAACAACUAUCAACAAGCUCCCUUUUGGGACUUUGUCAGAUCUUUUGAUCAUCAGAAUGGAGCAGGUGUUGACCAUCCUGCCGAGAACUUCCCAUUCUUUGGCCCUCCACCAGGACACCAUCCUCAUGGUCCACCUCACGGAGCAGGAUUCCCCUUCGAUGGAUCUGGCUGGGGACGAGGAGGAUUUGGAGCAGGCCCAAGGGGUCGAGGCAGAAGAGGUGGCCGUGGCCAUCGUCGCGAUGGUUCCCACGAGAGAUCUCCUCACGGUCACGAAUCACGAGACGGCUCACCAGGCCCAGAGCACCAUGACCAUGAGGAACAUGGUCAUCAUGGACCAAGAGGCCCCGGUUGUCGUGGCCGAGGAGGACACAGGGGUGGAUGGGGUGGAUGGCGAGGACACAGAGGACCACCUCCCCCAGGACCACCUCCAGGACCACCAGGUGACUUUGACUUGAGUGGUUUGUUUGAGUCGCUGUCUGCCCAUCCAUUGGCACAGGCAUUCCGCACUUACGCCGAGCAAGCUGGGGCUGGGGCUGGAGCACAACGAUCAGGCGAGACACCUGUCACUGAAGAUACCGACGACGACAAGAACUUUAGUCCACCCAUUGAUGUCUUCUCUACCGAGAAACAAUAUGUCUUGCAUGUGUCGCUUCCAGGCGCGAAGAAGGAGGACGUGGGGGUUAAUUGGGACGAGGAUAAAGGCGUUUUGAACAUCGCUGGUGUUGUUUACAGACACGGUGAUGAGGAAUUCUUGAAGACACUGGCUACGAGUGAGAGAAGAGUGGGGGUUUUCGAACGCACUGUCAAGCUUCCACCAGGAGGAAAUGAGGACAAGGAGGAGAUUGACGCAGAUGGCAUCUCUGCUAAACUCGAGGAUGGAGUUUUGGUCGUCACAGUUCCUAAAGUUGAGAAGGAAUGGACCGAGGUUAAGAAAGUUGACAUUAACUAA